AUGUCCAUGUCCGCUGUCCUGUGUGUCCUGCGCGGCGCCGGCCGGCAGCAGCUCUCCGCUUCAACCAUCGCCACGAGGCAGGCGACUGGGUCUGGAUCCCACGUGCUCCGGAUCGACGGGUACACGCAAGUCAGCAAACUGGUGGGCAAGGGUAAGAGGAUUAGAUCGGAGACGAUUUGCGUCGGUGGCCUCGACUGGCGUAUCAGUUGCUAUCCAAAUGGAUACUCUUGGAAGUACGAGGGCUCCCACAUCUCCCUCUUCAUCGAGCAUGAGAGCCACCGAGAUACUGAGGAGAAGGCCUUGAUAAAGGUCGAGGCGAGUAUACUCGACCAGGCCGGGAUGCCAUGCUAUACUAGAACUAUUCCAGAGAUCUGCGCCUACAGCUACAUGUACAGGCCCUUCAGUGGAGGUAUUGGCUGGAAUGGCUUCAUCAGCCACAAGGAUCUCGACGAGGAGAAGCAUCUCAAGGACGACUGCCUGACCAUCCUGUGCGACCUCAGCGUCGUCACCGAGGAGUGCAAGGAGGUUGCCCUGCCGCCGGAACCCACGGUCUGGGCGCCGGCGCCGUGGCCAUCCGACUUUCACGGACAACUCGUGGAAGCCAUCUGGAACAAGGAGAAACCGGAUGUCACGAUCGAGGUCGGCGGAGAGACGUUCGUCGCGCACCGUUGGAUGCUGGAGGCCCGAUCCCCUGUACUCAAGGAGGAUCUCUCACUCACAUCCGAUCUACGUGUCAAUGACAUGGACGCAGAGGUGUUCAAGACUCUUCUCCAGUUCAUCUACACCGACUCCCCACCCCUAGUUGAGGCGGCGACAAGGGCGGAGAAGCUGAUCGUCGCGGCCGAUAGGUACAGGCUGGAUAAGCUGAAGCUAGUAUGCGAGGAGGCGCUGUGCCGGCAUGUCGGCAUGGACUCUGUCGUGGCCACACUGGUCUUGGCAGAGCGGCACUCUUGCCCUGUUCUGCGGGAGGCGUGCAUGCGGUUCCUCUCUUCUCCUGGGAAUCUGGAGGCGGUCGUGGCAUCGGAUGGAUUUGAGCUGCUAAAAACUGGUUGCCCCUCUGCUUUCUUGGAGCUCGUGGUGAAGAAUGUGAUGCGGCAGGACGAAUAGUGCAAUCAUCGUGUGUACCAGGUAGACUAUGUGGACUUACGGCCGAAUAAAAGUACUCCCUCCAUCUCAUUAAACUUGUGUAUGAUUUGCUACAAUUUAGAUAAACUAGCACAGGGGUCCUCACAA